AUGGUUCGCCGUUUUGUAUUACUGGACAAGAACCUAGAGCUUGUUGAUUGUUGGAAACGUAGUUUAGGCGAUCUAGAGUGUGUAAACAUAUGUACAAACGGUUUAGAUAGAGUUGAUUUCAGCGCUAUGGGAGUCGAUGUAGGGAUUGGGACGAAGAAAGCUGCUGUUGUUUCGCCUGGGAACUCGUUUGGAUGGCUUGGCGGCGGGUUCGAUUUGGCGUUGAGGCAGUUCUUCGGAGGACCAUCGUUCGAGUCGUUUUUCAGACAUCAACUGGCAAGAAAUGGAGGAGGAGGAGGAGCUGGCUACAAGCCAGUGGGAACGGCUACAACGGUGGAAUUGGGCCCUGAAUGGAGGAGAAACGGAAUCACCCGCAUAAUCCACGUUCCAACGGUCGUAGCACCGUCACAUAAAAUUUACGAUCCGCUCAGACCAAUGGAAACAGGAUACGGUCUCGUUUUCAACGUGUUGUACAACGCUCUUGUACACACACCUGAAGAUACACACGUUUUGGUGGUUCCUGGGUUGGGUACAGGGUAUGCUGGAGUGCCCGUAGAAGUGUGUAGUAAAUCCAUGGCGCUAGCGAUUCGAUUAUUCCUUUUGGAUUCAAAAACGAUGUCACAAGAGCUCAAAAACGUCGUGAUCAUGCGGUUCUUGGGCUACAGGUACGAUGCAUUUGUUUCCCAGGAGUGUGUUCGGGAAUGCCAGAAAUUGGGUAUCGAUUUUGACCGUUUACUCGCCUACGAUGCCCGCAUUGACCCUAUCGAGAACCUUUUGCCCUCGGGUCACGGUGGUGACCAAAAUAAGUCCCAAGCCGAAGGAAAUGGUUCCUAG